AUGUGGUUUCUAUCCUUGGCUACAGAGUCGGAGUCCGAUGUGAGUGAAACGGAAAGAGAAGGCUCUUCGCCUCCAGGCGAACAGGCCGCCGCGGAUCCGGAGCCCGCUCCUGCUCCUGCGGAGGCUGCGCGGGACCUGUGGGGAUUCUUUGGAGGCCAAGACACAAAGGAGGAUGCUGCGAAAGAUGAAGGGAAAAAAGAUGAGCCUCCGGCGUCGGAAGCCUCCGCGGGAGGAGGCGGCUGGUUCAGCUGGGUCGGAGGGGGAGAAAAUGAGCCUUCUUCGGCGUCUGUGAGUCGUGAGAGCUCCGUCGCAGAUCCCCCUUCGUCCCCCGAGGAAGCUGCGCAAGGAAAGGCACCCGAGUCGCUGAAGACGUCCAGCCCCGAUGGGGAAGGCUCUGCAGAGGAGAAGGCGGAGCCGAAGGUCGAAAAAAAGGAUGGAGCAGCCAGUCCCGAUUCGGGAGAGGAGAAGGGGGGUAAGGGAGAAAAUCAGGAUGAGGAUAAGGCGGCGAAGGCGGGAGAAGGGGAUGUGAAGGCAUCGGCUGAAGCGCCAGAUAGUCGGAGCAGUGCAUCUGAUACUCCGGGAGGGCAGGCUGAUGCAUCGGGACGGCGAGCUGAAGCCCCCGGAGACGCUUUGGGAGGCAGCGCCACUCCGCCAGAGAGAAAAGCCGCGGAGGAAGCCGCGCCGCUCAAAACUUCCGCGGAAACAAACGAGCCUCAAGACAAACCGGAUGACUCGCACACUGAAGAUGAAAAGAAGGAGCCUGCGGAGUCGACCGGAGGAGGUUUUUGGGGCUUCUUUUCCGCUCCUGCGGCAGAGGAACCGUCCGCAAGCCCGCCUGCUGAGGAGGACCUUCCGACUUCCUCGAAGGCGGACAGUCCGCCGCCCGCAGCGGAGUCCACCGGUGUUGGCUGGGGAUUUUUCAGUUCUCCACUGCCGGCUGCAGCUGAGCAGGGCUCAACGCAUGCAGGGCCAAGCAGCGAUUCGAGGCUGGCGCCUUCGUCAGCCACCACCGAGGGUGAGGGCAGCAACUCGAGCGAGCCAGUCCCUCAGCCGUCGGCCGAGGCGAGUCACGAGGAAUCCGCGAGACCAGCGGAGCCGUCUGAAGCUUCGAGCGCGCAGCAGGCACCAGCCGCCGGGGUCUGGAGCUUCCUUGGAUUUGGAGGUGACGUGGAGGAGGAGCCGAAGGAGGAAGAAGCGGAUGAGAAAAAAGACAGCGCUGAAGACCUUGCAAGAGCCGCCCCGUCGAUUCACAUGAUGGGACCCCCUCCGGAGCUGGGGGGUCCCUCUGGCGAGGACGCAGAAGACGGAGCCAAACGUGAAGACGCGAGAGAGAGAGGCAGCGGGGCGGGAGGAGAAAAAGAAGAUGGUACAGAUAAGAAUGGCGGACAGUCGCCAGGUGGUGACCUUACAGGGAAGGUGACAGAGAGCGAGCAAAAACUCGAAGGCGGUGGACCUGGAAAUCAAAACGCACAGGCUUCAGAUAAGGAGUCUGACCCAUCUGCGCCGGAAGGAGCUGGCGAAACGAAGACACCUCAAAGCGAUACAUCAACGCCAGACGGGGCGGCCGAUGCAAGUGGCACACUGCCAAAGAAGGCGAACGCAGCACUGGGCAGAAACAAGCCCCCGCCUCCAAAGAAAACAGAGCCUUCAGAAGACCGGCCCCAGGCGGGCACAUCAGACGGCCUACCAAGCGCCGAGGCAGGCGAGUCGCCAGCGCAAGAUCGCAAGGACGGCGAAAAUGGCGAUGCGAACAAGGAGGCCUCCGCAGCAGAGGCGGCCGAAGAGUCUACCAGCAGCACACCCCAGCCCGCGAAAACGGCAGCGCCAACCAAGAGUAAACCGCCGCCCCCCCUGCCUAAGAGCGCCUCACUCGCUUCACAGGGGGACAGUGUCGCAGACGAACCCACACUCGGCCCCACUGCACAAGGAGACACGCCGAACGCGCCCGGCAAUCAGCCGGAAGAUAGCGCACAGACCUCUCCCACAGCAAAGCCUCGUCCCCACCCUCCCCCACUCAAGGCCCCGCCUAGUCCCCAGACUCCUAACGAGCCCCCCCCCCCUGGAACCCUUUCUCCGGACACCAACAUCGAGGACCAUGAACUCACACCGCACAGACAAAACACUGCUGCACGAGAAGAAAGGAAAACGCUUGGCGAGGCGGAGGCGAAGGCAGGUGCAGUCCCGGGGAAGGUUUCUCCUGCGCCGAAGGCGGGUCUGGGGUUGGCUAAGCUGCCGCCCAAGGCGAAGGGUCCGCCGGGAGCGAAGGCGCCUGGUCCACCGUUGGGUCCGAAGGCGGGUCCUGGGGAGAAGGCUGCGGCUGCAGAGGGCGGAGAGGAGGAUAGGGACAAGGGGAAGGAGGGGGAGAAGCAGGGUGAGGGCGAGGGCGAGGAGAUGAAGGAGGCGACUGGGGAGGCGGAGGCGAAGGCAGGUGCAGUCCCGGGGAAGGUUUCUCCUGCGCCGAAGGCGGGUCUGGGGUUGGCUAAGCUGCCGCCCAAGGCGAAGGGUCCGCCGGGAGCGAAGGCGCCUGGUCCACCGUUGGGUCCGAAGGCGGGUCCUGGGGAGAAGGCUGCGGCUGCAGAGGGCGGAGAGGAGGAUAAGGACAAGGGGAAGGAGGGGGAGAAGCAGGGUGAGGGCGAGGGCGAGGAGAUGAAGGAGGCGACUGGGGAGGCGGAGGCGGAGGCGAAGGCAGGUGCAGUCCCGGGGAAGGUUUCUCCUGCGCCGAAGGCGGGUCUGGGGUUGGCUAAGCUGCCGCCCAAGGCGAAGAGUCCGCCGGGAGCGAAGGCGCCUGCUCCACCGUUGGGUCCGAAGGCGGGUCCUGGGGAGAAGGCUGCGGCUGCAGAGGGCGGAGAGGAGGAUAAGGACAAGGGGAAGGAGGGGGAGAAGCAGGGUGAGGGCGAGGGCGAGGAGAUGAAGGAGGCGACUGGGGAGGCGGAGGCGAAGGCAGGUGCAGUCCCGGGGAAGGUUUCUCCUGCGCCGAAGGCGGGUCUGGGGUUGGCUAAGCUGCCGCCCAAGGCGAAGGGUCCGCCGGGAGCGAAGGCGCCUGGUCCACCGUUGGGUCCGAAGGCGGGUCCUGGGGAGAAGGCUGCGGCUGCAGAGGGCGGAGAGGAGGAUAAGGACAAGGGGAAGGAGGGGGAGAAGCAGGGUGAGGGCGAGGGCGAGGAGAUGAAGGAGGCGACUGGGGAGGCGGAGGCGAAGGCAGGUGCAGUCCCGGGGAAGGUUUCUCCUGCGCCGAAGGCGGGUCUGGGGUUGGCUAAGCUGCCGCCCAAGGCGAGGAGUCCGCCGGGAGUGAAGGCGCCUGGUCCACCGUUGGGUCCGAAGGCGGGUCCUGGGGAGAAGGCUGCGGCUGCAGAGGGCGGAGAGGAGGAUAAGGACAAGGGGAAGGAGGGGGAGAAGCAGGGUGAGGGCGAGGGCGAGGAGAUGAAGGAGGCGACUGGGGUGGCGGAGGCGAAGGCAGGUGCAGUCCCGGGGAAGGAUUCUCCUGCGCCGAAGGCGGGUCUGGGGUUGGCUAAGCUGCCGCCCAAGGCGAAGGGUCCGCCGGGAGCGAAGGCGCCUGGUCCACCGUUGGGUCCGAAGGCGAGUCCUGGGGAGAAGGCUGCGGCUGCAGAGGGCGGAGAGGAGGAUAAGGACAAGGGGAAGGAGGGGGAGAAGCAGGGUGAGGGCGAGGGCGAGGAGAUGAAGGAGGCGACUGGGGUGGCGGAGGCGAAGGCAGGUGCAGUCCCGGGGAAGGUUUCUCCUGCGCCGAAGGCGGGUCUGGGGUUGGCUAAGCUGCCGCCCAAGGCGAAGGGUCCGCCGGGAGCGAAGGCGCCUGGUCCACCGUUGGGUCCGAAGGCGGGUCCUGGGGAGAAGGCUGCGGCUGCAGAGGGCGGAGAGGAGGAUAGGGACAAGGGGAAGGAGGGGGAGAAGCAGGGUGAGAGCGAGGGCGAGGAGAUGAAGGAGGCGACUGGGGAGGCGGAGGCGAAGGCAGGUGCAGUCCCGGGGAAGGUUUCUCCUGCGCCGAAGGCGGGUCUGGGGUUGGCUAAGCUGCCGCCCAAGGCGAAGAGUCCGCCGGGAGCGAAGGCGCCUGGUCCACCGUUGGGUCCGAAGGCGGGUCCUGGGGAGAAGGCUGCGGCUGCAGAGGGCGGAGAGGAGGAUAAGGACAAGGGGAAGGAGGGGGAGAAGCAGGGUGAGGGCGAGGGCGAGGGCGAGGAGAUGAAGGAGGCGACUGGGGAGGCGGAGGCGGAGGCAGGUGCAGUCCCGGGGAAGGAUUCUGCUGCGCCGAAGGCGGGUCUGGGGUUGGCUAAGCUGCCGCCCAAGGCGAAGGGUCCGCCGGGAGCGAAGGCGCCUGCUCCACCGUUGGGUCCGAAGGCGGGUCCUGGGGAGAAGGCUGCGGCUGCAGAGGGCGGAGAGGAGGAUAAGGACAAGGGGAAGGAGGGGGAGAAGCAGGGUGAGGGCGAGGGCGAGGAGAUGAAGGAGGCGACUGGGGAGGCGGAUGCGAAGGCAGGCGCAGUCCCGGGGAAGGUUUCUCCUGCGCCGAAGGCGGGUCUGGGGUUGGAUAAGCUGCCGCCCAAGGCGAAGGGUCCGCCGGGAGCGAAGGUGCCAGGUCCACGUGCUGUCUUGGGGAAGGUUUCUCCUGCGCCGAAGGCGGGUCUGGGGUUGGCUAAGCUGCCGCCCAAGGCGAAGGGUCCGCCGGGAGCGAAGGCGCCUGCUCCACCGUUGGGUCCGAAGGCGGGUCCUGGGGAGAAGGCUGCGGCUGCAGAGGGCGGAGAGGAGGAUAAGGACAAGGGGAAGGAGGGGGAGAAGCAGGGUGAGGGCGAGGGCGAGGAGAUGAAGGAGGCGACUGGGGAGGCGGAGGCGGAGGCGAAGGCAGGUGCAGUCCCGGGGAAGGAUUCUGCUGCGCCGAAGGCGGGUCUGGGGUUGGCUAAGCUGCCGCCCAAGGCGAAGGGUCCGCCGGGAGCGAAGGCGCCUGGUCCACCGUUGGGUCCGAAGGCGGGUCCUGGGGAGAAGGCUGCGGCUGCAGAGGGCGGAGAGGAGGAUAAGGACAAGGGGAAGGAGGGGGAGAAGCAGGGUGAGGGCGAGGGCGAGGAGAUGAAGGAGGCGACUGGGGAGGCGGAUGCGAAGGCAGGCGCAGUCCCGGGGAAGGUUUCUCCUGCGCCGAAGGCGGGUCUGGGGUUGGAUAAGCUGCCGCCCAAGGCGAAGGGUCCGCCGGGAGCGAAGGUGCCAGGUCCACGUGCUGUCUUGGGGAUGGUUGGUCCUGCGCCGAGGGCGGGUCUGGGGUUGGCUAAGCUGCCGCCCAAGGCGAAGGGUCCGCCGGGAGCGAAGGCGCCUGCUCCACCGUUGGGUCCGAAGGCGGGUCCUGGGGAGAAGGCUGCGGCUGCAGAGGGCGGAGAGGAGGAUAAGGACAAGGGGAAGGAGGGGGAGAAGCAGGGUGAGGCCGAGGGCGAGGAGAUGAAGGAGGCGACUGGGGAGGCGGAGGCGAAGGCAGGUGCAGUCCCGGGGAAGGUUUCUCCUGCGCCGAAGGCGGGUCUGGGGUUGGCUAAGCUGCCGCCCAAGGCGAAGAGUCCGCCGGGAGCGAAGGCGCCUGGUCCACCGUUGGGUCCGAAGGCGGGUCCUGGGGAGAAGGCUGCGGCUGCAGAGGGCGGAGAGGAGGAUAAGGACAAGGGGAAGGAGGGGGAGAAGCAGGGUGAGGGCGAGGGCGAGGAGAUGAAGGAGGCGACUGGGGAGGCGGAGGCGAAGGCAGGUGCAGUCCCGGGGAAGGUUUCUCCUGCGCCGAAGGCGGGUCUGGGGUUGGCUAAGCUGCCGCCCAAGGCGAAGGGUCCGCCGGGAGCGAAGGCGCCUGGUCCACCGUUGGGUCCGAAGGCGGGUCCUGGGGAGAAGGCUGCGGCUGCAGAGGGCGGAGAGGAGGAUAAGGACAAGGGGAAGGAGGGGGAGAAGCAGGGUGAGGGCGAGGGCGAGGAGAUGAAGGAGGCGACUGGGGAGGCGGAGGCGGAGGCGAAGGCAGGUGCAGUCCCGGGGAAGGUUUCUCCUGCGCCGAAGGGGGGUCUGGGGUUGGCUAAGCUGCCGCCCAAGGCGAAGGGUCCGCCGGGAGCGAAGGCGCCUGCUCCACCGUUGGGUCCGAAGGCGGGUCCUGGGGAGAAGGCUGCGGCUGCAGAGGGCGGAGAGGAGGAUAAGGACAAGGGGAAGGAGGGGGAGAAGCAGGGUGAGGGCGAGGGCGAGGAGAUGAAGGAGGCGACUGGGGAGGCGGAGGCGAAGGCAGGUGCAGUCCCGGGGAAGGUUUCUCCUGCGCCGAAGGCGGGUCUGGGGUUGGCUAAGCUGCCGCCCAAGGCGAAGAGUCCGCCGGGAGCGAAGGCGCCUGGUCCACCGUUGGGUCCGAAGGCGGGUCCUGGGGAGAAGGCUGCGGCUGCAGAGGGCGGAGAGGAGGAUAAGGACAAGGGGAAGGAGGGGGAGAAGCAGGGUGAGGGCGAGGGCGAGGAGAUGAAGGAGGCGACUGGGGAGGCGGAGGCGAAGGCAGGUGCAGUCCCGGGGAAGGUUUCUCCUGCGCCGAAGGCGGGUCUGGGGUUGGCUAAGCUGCCGCCCAAGGCGAAGGGUCCGCCGGGAGCGAAGGCGCCUGGUCCACCGUUGGGUCCGAAGGCGGGUCCUGGGGAGAAGGCUGCGGCUGCAGAGGGCGGAGAGGAGGAUAAGGACAAGGGGAAGGAGGGGGAGAAGCAGGGUGAGGGCGAGGGCGAGGAGAUGAAGGAGGCGACUGGGGAGGCGGAGGCGGAGGCGAAGGCAGGUGCAGUCCCGGGGAAGGUUUCUCCUGCGCCGAAGGCGGGUCUGGGGUUGGCUAAGCUGCCGCCCAAGGCGAAGGGUCCGCCGGGAGCGAAGGCGCCUGGUCCACCGUUGGGUCCGAAGGCGGGUCCUGGGGAGAAGGCUGCGGCUGCAGAGGGCGGAGAGGAGGAUAAGGACAAGGGGAAGGAGGGGGAGAAGCAGGGUGAGGGCGAGGGCGAGGAGAUGAAGGAGGCGACUGGGGAGGCGGAGGCGAAGGCAGGUGCAGUCCCGGGGAAGGUUUCUCCUGCGCCGAAGGCGGGUCUGGGGUUGGCUAUGCUGCCGCCCAAGGCGAAGGGUCCGCCGGGAGCGAAGGCGCCUGGUCCACCGUUGGGUCCGAAGGCGGGUCCUGGGGAGAAGGCUGCGGCUGCAGAGGGCGGAGAGGAGGAUAAGGACAAGGGGAAGGAGGGGGAGAAGCAGGGUGAGGGCGAGGGCGAGGAGAUGAAGGAGGCGACUGGGGAGGCGGAGGCGAAGGCAGGUGCAGUCCCGGGGAAGGUUUCUCCUGCGCCGAAGGCGGGUCUGGGGUUGGCUAAGCUGCCGCCCAAGGCGAAGGAGGGCGGAGAGGAGGAUAAGGACAAGGGGAAGGAGGGGGAGAAGCAGGGUGAGGGCGAGGGCGAGGAGAUGAAGGAGGCGACUGGGGAGGCGGAGGCGAAGGCAGGUGCAGUCCCGGGGAAGGUUUCUCCUGCGCCGAAGGCGGGUCUGGGGUUGGCUAAGCUGCCGCCCAAGGCGAAGGGUCCGCCGGGAGCGAAGGUGCCUGGUCUACCGUUGGGUCCGAAGGCGGGUCCUGGGGAGAAGGCUGCGGCUGCAGAGGGCGGAGAGGAGGAUAAGGUCAAGGGGAGUGAGGGGGUGGCGCAGAUAGUGGAGAAUGGUGUGCCUGGGGAGGUGUCUUCGUCUGUCCGAGGCACAGGCGAUUGGCGUUUGCAGAGUCUCGCUGUGUCUAAGGCGGGAAUGCGGGGUGCAACGCCAGAUUCGGCUUUGGAUUUUAUCUCAAUGUUCCGGCAGAGGGCUCACCAGGUUCUGGAUGGCUCUCAGUCUGACGCGGGACCGUCGCGUGUUGAUAAGCUGUCUGGUCACCUCGCGCAACUGUCUGCAGUGCUGCCCGGGCUCUCCCCAAGAGAUGGUGUGGGAAGUCGUUUGUCGGCGUUACGGGGCAGUAUUCUACGUGGCACGAAUGCAUCGGACACAUCCCGACUACCAGGCACAGAUGUGAGGCCUUUGGCCAUAAGGGUGAGGGCGUCCCCGCUCAGCGGCAAGGCUGGUGCGGUGCACACUCGCGGUGAUAGUUUCCCGAAUGCUCGGCGGGGCGGAUUGCGAGCGCCAGGCGGCACGGAUGCCGCCUUGUCCACUGCAUCGAGCCGUCGUGAAAGCGAAGGCAAAAAUGCGCUUCUUUCGACCAAUUUGGAUUUAACUAGGGUACUUGAGAGCGCCCGCGCCCCAACGGCGCCACCAGCUGCGUCCCAGGCUUUCAGCGAGGCUGUUUGUCCUCGGUUAGACUUAGGGAGUAUCUCUUCAGGAACGUGUCUGUUUGACGUGGGACCGCGUGCGGUCCUGUCUUGUAGUGCGCCGGUAUGUUCACCCUUGGACGUCUGUCUGCCUGAUGCACAGAGGCAUCUUCAAGAUGUUCACGAACAGCUCCAGUUAGCGACAGACGUCCACGGCGCCUGGGGGGUCUACGACGCACCUGACGGUGUAUAUGCGUGGGACGAUUCGGGGGUUCGUACCGCUGGGAUUAACAGCACGAGUGUGACCAAGUUGCCUAAGGUGCUCUUUGGAGCCGCCGUAACGGCGUGGAACGAGACGUUGGUGUACCAGCUUCCGCAGGUCAUUCUCCUCGUCGGGACUAGUGUUGAAGAUUGCGACAUGACCGUUCCUGGGCUUAUUCAGAAUCUUGUUUCGCUCGGCAAUCUCCCUCUCAGUCUUCAGCCUGAGACUAUCCGCUAUGUCAAUGACGCUUGUCUGCUGUUGCGGCAAAUGGGUUCUGUGAGGAUGCUGAAGCGUGGAACAUUCUCGAAUGAAGCAGACGUCCCCAACACGUGCAUGUCUAGGUGGAGUAUCAAGUUCACGAGGAAAGGGGAAUUUUCCGGCGUGAGCGUCGCAAGCUGGCUGCUAGACAGUCCAGGUCUAAGGUGCACCGUUCACGGGAUCCGACAGGACAUCCUGUUGAGACUCAUCUGCGGCAUCGUCGGUAACGAAGACAGUUUUUUGGGACCGUCAUUUCCCACUGGUUCACUCAUGCCUCUCUUCGAGCAAGACGCGGCGGCGGUGGGGCUCUCAGAAGAGGACAGGCUACGUCUCGCCCAGGACUGCGUGGAUCUUCUUGCACGAGUGUUGAAACUGGACGACGUUCAGGUCACCGGCCUCGUCAGCGUGUUCCUGAGUGUUAGCGCCCUUGCGCAGGAAACCUGCUGUCUAUCAGCGGAGGCAGUUGCCGGUGUGGCGCUUCUCCUCGGUGUGUCGGCACCCGACCUGCAAGGUUCUUUUAGCGCUGCGUUAGCUGCUGGUCAUAUGGAGGCAGCCGGUCUCGGAGAGGCCAUUGCCAAAGUGCUAUACCAGGAGCUGUUCCAGUAUACAGUCGCACGAAUCAAUUCAGUUAUGGAGGACUACAGUCCGCGGGGGGGCCGAGGCGCCCUCAGUGUCUGCGUACUUGCGGCGCCCACAGAUCUGGAAGCGUUACCGACAACGUCCCUCGGCCGUCUUGCCUGCCACGUAGCUCAGGCUGUCGCUUUCACGUUCUCCUUCCGCGGCAUGCAUCGCCUCAGGAAACUGCUCCACCAAGAUCGGUUUCCCGUUCCGGAAUAUCUGAGCGGGCUACGGGAGUUUUGCCCGGAAGACGUGUAUUUAGAAGCCAUGCUUGGCGAAGGCUCCGGUCUGCUCCCUUUUCUGUCGUACGGGUCGAAAACAGAACAAGAGAUUGUCGCAUGGUUCAAAGAGCAAGUCAACGGAUGCAGAGAAGAUAGCUUCCCGUUCUUCUCACGUACUUUCAAACUGGUGCGUGAGAGCUCUUUGGAUAUCGCGCUCCCCGACUAUGCAGCUGAGUUGGAUGUCUCCGAAGCUAGCAUGGCUUCACAGCCCAUGGAUCCUCUCGUCUUUCGCGUCAUUGAGUGCGUGGCAAAGCAGGCUUGGCCAUUGCGCGUUCUAGGGAUGACCGCAAUGGCGCGGAGCACCGCGGCACACCGCAGUGAAAGCUGCCGUCUAUACACGUCCCUGGCGGAUGCUUGGAAGCCGCUCCUGCAUUCCCGACCAAUCAUACUGCAACGUGGCGACGCAGGUGGCUGGACGGCGCUAUCGCAGGCGCUGGAAGCAGUGACGCAGUGGGAGAAACACGGAUUCCCUCUGUUCGUCGUGAUUGCCGACCUGCCAACGUACUGCCCUAACCUGUUCCCGCCUGAUUGUGCAAAGAAUCGCGAUCUUUUGGUCGACCAUUUGUCCGCAUACGUUGACUUCGAGGACGCACUACUCGGUUCGUCACUGCUUGCUCUCCGCAGCCACGCGUAUGAGCGUUUACAAAGCCUGCAGCUUGAGGCUGCCGCGGUCGUCGCCCAGCGACAGGGUUAUCUUUCCAGCCUUAUGGAGCUUGACCCGGAGGUUCGAGAUAUGGUUACCACGCACCAGGAAAAUGAGAAGCAGCAGCAUGUGGCAGGAACGGCUCUGAACGGGGGUGGGUGUGGAAUGCAACCGCCGGGGUGGCGCUCGCUCCAGGAUGCCGCGAAAGAAAGUGCAGAUAUCCUUGAUUUAGAUUAUGAAGGUUGCGCCGACGGCAAACUUUCCAUCGAAGACGAAGAGAGGCGUGAGGAGACCCCGUGCGAAGGGUCCGUUUCUGUCCAGGAGUACACCGGGUUGAACAAUGCCAGAUAUGCGUUUGAGACGCCGCGAGCACAGGGAAAAGAGCUUGUCAACGGCACGGCGGAGCCCUCGCCGCGAGAGACUUUCGCCCGCGGCUCUGUCAGAAGCCUUGCUUACAGUGAGACUACUAUAGAGGCACACCGAGAAGGUGUCCGCGGGACAGGAGCCCCGUCUAUUUCAUCCGGAGCAGCGGAACAGGUGGCUGAAGUGACUAAAGGGACCGCAUGCAAAGCUGGUCGUGUCUCAACUGGCUCGAGCCUGACUAGCGCAGCCGAUGUGCCACAGGUCUGCGAAGUUGGUGAGCGACCCAAAGUUCAACAAAGCGCUAAGGAGUCGACCACUCUCGUUAGUGUUGGCAACUUUAGCCGCUGUGGAGACUCCGAAAUGGCAAAUAAAACUCCCCACCUCGCCACUGACGUUACAGGCGCAAGCGCAGCUAAAUCGAGCAUCCUGUUGCGGAGCACAGAGGAACUAAGACGUGAAAACGCCCGUCUUCAAUUGGAGAAUCAACGGUUAAAUGCAGAAAACUUGCGGUUGGAGAAUGAGCAUCUCCUAGAGGAAAAUGAAAGGCUUUGUCGGGAGAACGCUCUGCUUGCGGCCUGCCUGACAUCGGGAAGUUCGCGAACCGCAGGGAGCACUGUUCUCUUUCCCCUUGGAGAAUCCGCCAACUCGAGGGCCCCUCUCUCUGUAAGCAAUCCCUCGAGUUCCCCCUCGACCGCCACGCACUCACUCCCUACUAAGGAAUUGUCAGGCGCCAGUGGGACCGAUCAGGGCACCCCCGGGGAACUCGAGGUAGGAGGCAGCGCAGAUGACGAUGGCGAGGCUGAGACCUCGGCAGCGGCUCCUGUUGUGGCGAAGUCCUUGAAAAUGCCUCCUGCUGCCAAGAAACUCGGUGUGGAUGGAAGGAAAGUCGCGGUGCCGCCCCCCAAGGUGACCACACCUGCAACCGCCACCUCUGUCGCGCCGAAGCCCAAGGGUUUAUCUGGGAAACCCGUGUCACUGGCUGCACCCAAGGUCGCUGUUGAGGCUCCUGACAAAGCGGAGCCUAGCGACCCGAACAGCGAUCAGACCCCUGCGGAGGACGUCGACGCCGGAGGCAGUGCAGAUGACGGUGGCGAGGCUGAGACCUCGGCAGCGGCUCCUGUUGUGGCGAAGUCCUUGAAAAUGCCUCCUGCUGCCAAGAAACUCGGUGUGGGUGCCAAGAAGGUGGGAGUGUCUGUUUGCCUACCCUCACCGAAGGUCGCGGAUCGGGGAGGUGCAGCUGUGCUGCGCGCGGCCAAGCUGCCGUGCCUGGCGCCCAAACCUUCCCUUUCACCAGGAGCAAUCCGGGGCCUGCAAGAGGAGGGGUCAACAGCUGACGCUGCUGGGGUUCGGUCGGGAAAGGCCGCGGAUGCAGCUGGAAAGUUGUUUCCUGGUGCGAAGUGUGCGCCCAAGGUAACACAUCUGUCGUCGCCUGUCGCAGGAUCCCCGCUGCAUGGCACUACGUGCUCAGUUACAGCGGCGCCCGGCGACGAGGGUCGCUACAUCCCCGUCAGCAGUACCGUGUCCCAGAGCACGCUCGGGGUCGCCGCGCACCAUCGGCAAAUGAGAAGUGACGGGACACUGCCGACGGACGCCCAUAGUUAUGAUGCGUACGACCCCUGCAGCGAGUCUGCAGAGACUGUUGAAGUUGGCUAUGAAGACGACACGGAUGGACUAGUGGACGGGAUGCGUGCACUGUGGGUACAAGCUGCUUUCUCAGGUGUGUGGAAGGGGGUAGUCUACUGGCCGAAGCAUCUGCAAAACCUGACGGAGGAAUCUCAGUGCAAGCGACGGUUGUCUGGCUCGGAUGAAAGCGGCAAGAAGGUUGUAGAGCUCACUGCGGCCUCUUUCUUCAGUUCUUUCGCCGAAGCUGCAAGAGUGGAUGCUGACCGAGAUCAGCAGCUUCUGGUCUCCUCCGGAACCUCGAGAGAUGUUUCUCAACCCAGAGGGACAGUGAGAAUAACGCGUCGCGGGGCCCCUGGGGCCGAUGGCGCCCGUGUUCCUUCGGGAUCACGUGCUGCAGCAGAGCAGCGAGCCCAUCUGGGCUCAGCGGUGGUUGUCGGAUCGGGGCAUGGCCAGCGGUUACUCCUGCCAUCCGACUCACGAAACGAAGGGCUUCCGAUGCAGCUGCUACGGGACGUCCUGUCGUCCGAAGAUCCUGUGUCUGGCGGCUCAUCUUCGCACGGUGCGACUUGGGUGCUGGCGGACCUGGAGGGCACCUGGAACGGGAAAGUAGUUUGGAAACCGCCGUCUGAGGAGUACGGACAGGCCUCGCGUGACCUCUCAACUAUCAUACUUGUGGAUCUGACACAGGCGGACGGGGGCCUGGCUGACUCUAGAGGGCCGUUAAAGAUUUUCAGCACUGGUACUGAAGGCGCACCACGCCCCAUUGUGGUCCCGCAGUCAGGUGAAUCCAUCGCCGAGAAACUCAGGACGAUUUUCCGCACCACCGAUGCUUCAGGAGUACCCAUCGGCGCUGGAAACGUAUACUUCAUUCCGCCAGACCAAGCUGGAGUGUUGGCGAUUACUACGCACGCUCGGUCUCGAGACACCGGUCUCUGCACAGAGGAGUCCGAAGAGCGAGUCGCUUCCUUCUGUGAUUACGGGGAACGCCGGCGAAAGGUACAGCAUGAAGAACUGCUACGGCGGCUUGACCAGAGACAACGCACGGGCACAUGCGCAACCAAGAUGGUCACCGCCGGGGGCUCGCAGGCGGCAGAAGCGCCAGGUUCACUAGCGCGCCCGGGAGGCGCAAGGAUUGUCUCUACACAGUCGAAUCUCGCCCUGGAUGAGGAAAGUAGCUACGAGGGGUUCCAGAGCGUCUCAGCACCUUUAGAGGAGAUGGGAUAA